AUGGAUGCAGAAACAACUGGAACAACCACUGCAGCUGAAACCACAAGUACUACCAGUGGAGCUGCAACUUCUGGUAGAUCCCAUGCAGUAAACACCACUAGUGCGAGUACUGAUGCAGAAACAAUAGGUACAGCCACUGCGGCUGAAACUACAAGACCUACCACAAGAGCUGAAACUACUGGUACAUCCCAUGAAUUAGACACCACUGCUGAUGCAGAAACAACUAAAACAAUCGCUGCAGCUGAAACCACAAGUACUACAAGUGGAGCUGAAACUACUGGUACGUCCAUUGCAGUAGACAUCACUAGCACUACUAUUGAUGCAGAAACAACUGAAACAACCAUUGCGGCUGAAACCACAAGUCCCACCAGUGGACCUGGAACUUCUGGUACAUCCCAUGCAAGAGACACCACUAGUACGAGUACUGAUGCAGAAAGAACUAGAACAACCACUGCAGCUGAAACCACAAGUACUACCACAAGAGCUGAAACUACUGGUACGUCCAUUGCAGGAGACAUCACUAGUACUACUAUUGAUGCAAAGACAACUGGAACAACCAUUGCGUCUGAUACCACAAGUCCAACCAUUAGAGCCAGAACUUCUGGUACAUCCGUUGCAGUGGACACCACUAGUACUAGUAUUGACGCAGAAACUACUGGUGCAACCACUACAGCUGAAACCACAAGCCCUACCAAUGGAUUUGCAACUUCUGGUUCAUCCAGCACAGUAGACACCACUAGCACUACUAUUGAUGCAGAAACAACAAGUGUAACCACUAGAGCUGAAACAUCUGGUACGUCUGUUACAGUACACACCACAACCUCUAGUAUUGAUGAAGAAACAACUGAUACAGCCAAUGCAGCUGAAACCACUAGUAUUAAAACUGGUACAACCGUUGCAGUAGACACCACUACUUCUAGUAUUGACGCAGGAACAAGUGGUAAAACCACCACAGGCGAAACAACCAGCAUUACCACCAGAGUUACUGCUACAACUCUUGCAGUAGAUACCGCUAGUACUAGUAUUGAUGCUGAAGAAACCCGUGCAAGCAAUGCAGCUGAAACCACUAGUGCAACUCCUAAAACUACGGGUGCAUCCGUUGCAUUUGAUACCACUGGUGUUAGUAAUGAUGCAGAGACUAGUACUAUGACAACUGCUGACACCACUAGCACUGCCAUUGGAGCUAAAACUACUGGUACAUCCUUUGCAGCAGACACUACUAGUACUAGUAUUGAUGUAGAAUCAACUGGUACAGAUGAUGCAGGAACAACAAGAAUAGUGUCUGAUACAGAAACCACUGUCCGCGAUUUGAAAAUCACUAGUGCUUUAGAUGAUACACUGACAACAAGCACAGUCUAUGGUGGAACAAUUACAACAGCCCCAAGUCGUGUACCAUCUAGCACAGUCACUGAUACAGGCACUUCUAGCACAGUCUCUAAUGUAGGGACCACUAGCACAGUAUCUGGCACAGAAAUAACAAGUACAGGCCUCAAUGCAGGAACAACUAACACAGUCUCUGAUUCAACAGCCACUACUGAUUCAGCUACGUCUUCUGAUACAAAAACAGCUAUUUCCACAACCAUUACAGAUGCUGAAACUACUGGCCCCACCACCACUGCUUCCAGUACUACUGAACCAGCAACGACUGCUGAUGCAGAAAACUCUUCUGUUCCCACAACAUCUGAUGUAGAAACCACUGCUCCAACUCACGCUGCUGUAACAGGCACUGCUUCUAGCGUCAUAAUUGAUGCAGAAACUACUUCCCAUACCACUGCUGCUGACAUAAAAACCAGCACUGUUACCACAAUUGCUGGAGAAACCACGAAUGAUAAUGCAAAAUCCAAUGCACCAACCACCACAGACCAUUUAGAAGCCAUUUCUGCUACCACCACUAUUGAAACAUCUACCACUCUUGAUGCAGAAGGAGCUGACUUGACCACCACAGCUGAUGCAUAUACCACUACUCCUACCAAUGUUAAUGAAGGAACCACCACUCCUACCACUGGUACUGAUGCAGAAACCAUUCUUACUACCACCAUGGUUGCUGCAGAAACUUCUACCCCUGCUGCUGAUGCAGAUACCAUUUCUCUCACCACUAAUGCGGAUUCAGAAAUCAGCACUGAUACUACCAUUGUUGUUGAAACUACCACUCUUGUCCCCACCGCUGAUGUGGAAACAAUUGUUCCAACCAGCACUGCUGCAGAAGGUACUACCUCUACCACUGAUGGGGAUGAAGACAUUACUGCUCCUACUACCACUGCCACAGAAAAUGCUUUUCUGUCUACCCCUGCUGAUGCAAAAACCAGUACUUCCACCGUUGCUGGUGCAGAAACUAGCACUACUACCACCACCACCGCUGCUGUGGAAACCAAUAGUCCCUACACCACUGCUGAUGAACUUACCACCACCGGUCAGGCAGAAACCGCUUUACCUGCCACUACUGCUGAUGCAGGGAACACUUCAUCCAUGACCACUGCUGAUACAGAAAGGGCUGUUCCUACCACUACAGCUGAUGCAGACACCACAAGUCCUAGCAACACUGUUGAAAAAAGAACAAAUACUUCAACAACCAUUGCUGCGGAAUCCACUACAGCUACCCACACUGUUGCAGGAACCCCUUCUAAAACCACCACUACUAAUACAGAAACCGUUUCCCCUACCAGCAAUGUAGACACCACUGCAACUCCUGCAGAAACCGGAAUUCCUACCACCACUUCUGGUUCUCAAACCACUUUUUCUACCACCACUGUUGAUGCAGACACCACUACUACUCCAACCAACACCGCUGAUGAUGAAACCACUUCUUAUACCGCCACUGGUGAUGUAGAAACCACUACUAUUGAUGCAUAUUCUACUAUUUCUACCACCAAUACUUAUGCAGAAACCACUUCUAUCGCAACUGCUGAUGCCGAAACCACUCCUCCUAUAACCACUGCUGAUGCCGAAGCCACUCCUCCUUUUACCACUGCUGAUGCCGAAACCACUCCUCCUAUUACCACUGCUGAUGCCAAAACCACUCCUCCUAUGACCACUGAUGCAGAAGGGGUUACUACAAAUCCAGGAGCAGAAACUGUCUCAAGCAGCAACGCAGGGGAUUUCACUACAACUGCCACUCUUCCGCCUUCCAUUCACUCUGGGACAGCAGGUCCUUCCAGCACAGAGGGGUUAGUGAAUGGAGUAGUGACAUUAAAUCCUACACUUGAGUCAGAGAAUCAGGUUAGAGAGACCACAGUAGGGGCCACCCGCACAGAUGCUGGUACAACAGUAGGCACUACGCUUGCUGGAGGCUCAUCAGCUUCUAGCGAAGAAAUACUUACAAGUUCAGAAGACAGUUCAACGACGUCGACCACACCUGUUGCUUCCACGGGCUGUGCCUGUCAGACGCCGGAACCGACAUCCGAUACGGGUGAUAUCCGUCUGCUUUUCGUAGAUGAAAGACAGGAAGCUUGUUGA